UUUGAUGCCUUGAUGCUGGAAAAUGUCAGAUGGCACUGCUGGCCAUUGCUAGGAGACGAGGACUGUUGUGUGAUACACUAUUGCUUGCGUUAGUAGACAGUUCAUGGGAAAUCUUAGAUAUCUCAGGUUCCGAAGUUACAGAUAAAGGAAUGCUGAAGGUGGCUGAGACGUGCCUUUGCUUGAAAGCUGUUGAUAUCAGUCGAUGCAACCAACUGAGUCCACGAUCAAUUGGUGCUUUGCUACAAAAAUGUGAGUCAUUGGAGACAUUGCGUUGGGGAUACCUCUACCCAAUUUCUGCUAAGAUUAAUAGUCUAAAGAUAGGCCAAAACACUUUGUUAAAAGUGUAGAAUUUGCAGUCAGAAAUAACACGCAGCAAAUUUCAAGAAUUACUGAUUUAUUAGAUUAAGAACAUUUGUCAGGAAAAUUUCAACAAUUUUCCAAUCUUCAUUCUCUUUCACAAUCGUAUACUUACUUCCUUGCACAUUUCUUAGCUAUCUUUAAUGAUAUCUCUUUCUUCUUGUUUACAUUUUCUCUAGAAAGAGAUUGUUUUGUAUGAGGGAAGUUCUCAAUUGCCAUCUA